AUGACAAGUUUUAAUUGCAUGAUAUUUCUUAUCAGUAUUCUAUGGUUAUCAACGAAUGUACUAUCGGACAAUGAUGUUGAUCUUUUACCAAAAUCAAUCGAUAAACUUAAAGACUACUAUGAUGUUAUUAAAAAUUUAGAAAAACGUGGUAUUUUAAGCAAAGUUAUUGCAGCUAAUGAAAAGCGUUUAUAUGUUGAGCAUGCAACAAAACUUAUUGGAAGAGAAGAAUUAUUAACUGAAGAAGAAUUCCUAACAUGGAAACAACGUCAAUUGAUUGUAUCAUUUUCCAAUGUAGUAGCUAUUAUUGCAGGUGCUAUUGUUGUUAUAGCUUUAACAGUAUUACUUGGUUUCUUUCUAGUACCAUUAUUCGCUUAUAUAUCGGCUAUUGUUUGGGAAAUACUCUUCUAUGGAAUAUCAUUCUGUUUGAUGAUACUGGUUGCGAAAUCAUGGUUAAUUUUCCUCGGUUGCUUAGCAUUUGUUACAACGCUCUCAUUUACAAUUAAAUUUCAUUUCUCAAGGAAUAAACAUGUUGCUUUGGUAGCAUCUUGGAUAUGUUUUUUUGCUUGGACUUUUGUAGCUAUUUAUCAACAAAAUCGAGAAGCAGGCUAUUUAGCUGUUAUGGCAUUAGAAUCAUCCUUAGGUUUUGUAAUAUUUGUUGGACAAUUGUUACUGAUUAUUGGAUUUCAAGAUGAAAAAGUUAUUCCAUGUGCUACGAUUGCUUCAUUUGUUUUAAUUAUUCUUGGAAGUAUUUUACAUAUUCAAAAACAAUCAAAUAUAUUGGCAGUACCAUUUUCUCGACCAUUAUUAUUUUUAGGAACGUUCGUUUAUUUUAUUGGUUUAUUGAUUUUAAGUUCUCGCUUAUAUUCGGACAUACAAUCGAAAACAUUGCGAUUUUGGCUAAUGCAAAUUAUUGCAUUUUGUAGUGGAUUAGCAACACUGCUUUUCGGUCCAAUGCUCGAAUUACCGUUCAUUCAAGCGAUUGGUGGAACAAUGUUUGUUAUAUGGUUAUUGGAAAAAUAUGUUGAAAUUGCACCAUGGAAAAAUACAACUACAGUUGCUGGUAGUAUGUUUGGUUUUGGAAUACUACUAUACGGAUUUGCAUACGUUUUACAAAAGAAUCCACAGUAUUUUAUUUUUCAUGUAUACUCUUCAGAAUGA